AUGGCCAAGGUCCCGGAGCUGGAAGACACCUUCCUGCAGGCGCAGCCUGCACCCCAACUGUCCCCGGGGAUCCAGGAAGACUGCUGUGUGCAGCUCCUGGGCAAGGGCUUGCUAGUCUAUCCGGAAGAAAGAGUGUACCUGGCGGUCGAAGCGCAACCCGGGGGCGAGCAGGGCGGCGGGGAGAAAGGCGAAGACCCGGAGCUGCCGGGGGCAGUGAAAUCAGAAAUGCACUUAAACAAUGGUAACUUUUCCUCUGAAGAAGAGGAUGCCGACAACCACGACAGCAAAACCAAAGCAGCCGAUCAAUACCUGUCUCAGAAGAAAACCAUCACGCAGAUUGUGAAGGAUAAAAAGAAGCAGACACAGCUCACGCUGCAGUGGCUUGAAGAGAAUUACAUUGUAUGUGAAGGAGUUUGCUUACCACGGUGCAUUCUUUAUGCACACUACUUAGAUUUCUGUAGGAAAGAGAAAUUAGAGCCAGCCUGUGCGGCCACCUUUGGAAAGACAAUUCGCCAGAAGUUUCCCCUCCUAACAACAAGGCGGCUUGGAACAAGAGGCCAUUCAAAGUAUCAUUACUAUGGGAUUGGCAUCAAAGAGAGCAGUGCAUAUUACCACUCCGUUUAUUCUGGAAAAGGCUUGACAAGGUUUUCUGGAAGCAAGCUAAAGAAUGAGGUUGAUACGCUCAUAAUGAUGUACAAAACUCACUGCCAGUGUAUCCUGGACAAUGCAAUUAAUGGAAACUUUGAAGAGAUCCAGCAUUUUUUAUUACACUUUUGGCAAGGAAUGCCUGACCAUCUUCUUCCCUUACUUGAAAAUCCUGUUAUCAUUGACAUUUUCUGUGUUUGUGACUCAAUUCUUUAUAAGGUUCUUACAGAUGUACUAAUUCCUGCAACAAUGCAAGAAAUGCCUGAAAGCUUAUUAGCAGACAUAAGAAAUUUUGCUAAAAAUUGGGAACAGUGGGUUGUUUCAUCCUUGGAAAACUUGCCAGAAGCCCUAACUGAUAAGAAAAUACCUAUUGUGCGAAGAUUUGUAUCUUCUCUGAAACGACAAACAUCUUUCUUACAUCUUGCUCAGAUUGCCAGACCAGCUCUCUUUGACCAGCAUGUCGUUAAUUCUAUGGUAUCUGAUAUUGAAAGGGUUGAUUUGAACAGCAUUGGCUCUCAAGCCCUUCUUACCAUUUCAGGCAGCACAGACACUGAAUCUGGUAUCUACACUGAACAUGACUCUAUCACUGUGUUCCAAGAACUGAAGGAUCUCCUUAAGAAGAAUGCCACCGUGGAGGCUUUUAUUGAAUGGUUGGAUACUGUGGUAGAGCAGAGAGUUAUUAAGACCAGCAAACAAAAUGGAAGGUCAUUAAAGAAGAGAGCUCAAGACUUUCUGUUAAAGUGGAGUUUUUUUGGUGCUCGAGUAAUGCAUAAUCUCACCUUGAACAAUGCAUCCAGUUUUGGUUCUUUUCAUUUGAUUCGAAUGCUUCUUGAUGAAUACAUUCUCCUGGCCAUGGAGACCCAGUUUAAUAAUGACAAAGAGCAGGAGUUACAGAAUUUAUUGGACAAGUAUAUGAAGAAUUCAGAUGCGAGUAAAGCUGCUUUCACUGCUUCUCCGAGUUCAUGCUUUCUGGCCAACCGUAAUAAAGGGAGCAUGGUUUCCAGCGACUCUGUGAAGAAUGAAAGCCAUGUGGAGACAACCUAUCUCCCUCUGCCAUCCAGUCAAUCUGGAGGCCUAGGCCCUGCUCUGCACCCGUUCCCUGCUGGGAAUACAGACAACAUGCCGCUCACAGGUCAAAUGGAGCUUUCACAGAAUGCUGGUCAUAUGAUGACACCACCCAUUUCCCCAGCCAUGGCAAGCCGAGGAAGUGUCAUUAACCAAGGACCAAUGGCAGGGAGACCCCCAAGUGUGGGCCCAAUACUGUCAGCUCCAUCACACUGCUCCACAUACCCAGAGCCCAUUUAUCCUACUCUCCCUCAAGCCAACCAUGACUUUUACAGCACCAGCUCUAACUACCAGACUGUGUUUAGGGCACAGUCCCACCCCACAUCAGGACUCUAUCCUCAUCACACCGAGCAUGGUCGAUGCAUGGCUUGGACUGAACAGCAGCUUUCAAGAGACUUCUUCAGUGGUAGCUGUGCGGGGUCUCCAUAUAACUCCCGGCCACCAUCCAGCUAUGGCCCAUCCCUGCAAGCCCAGGAUUCACACAAUAUGCAGUUUUUAAACACAGGAAGCUUCAAUUUCUUGAGCAACACAGGAGCUGCCAGCUGCCAAGGAGCAACACUGCCUCCUAAUUCACCAAAUGGAUACUAUGGAAGCAACAUAAACUACCCAGAGUCUCAUAGGCUCGGAUCAAUGGUGAAUCAGCACGUUUCUGUCAUCAGCAGUGUUCGCUCACUGCCCCCCUACAGUGACAUCCACGAUCCACUUAACAUUUUAGAUGACAGUGGUAGAAAACAGACCAGCUCGUUUUACACAGACACAUCAUCUCCAGCUGCAUGUCGAACUCCAGUCCUAGCUUCCAGUUUGCAAACCCCAAUUCCUUCUUCCUCAUCCCAAUGUAUGUAUGGAACUUCCAACCAGUAUCCAGCUCAAGAAACCCUGGACUCCCAUGGAACAAGCAGUAGAGAAAUGGUGUCCUGUUUACCACCUAUCAACACUGUGUUCAUGGGAACAGCAGCUGGAGGCACUUAAACCACCAAUGUGGGAGGGGGUGCUAAAACUUAAAAAACAAUCUCUACUGUGCAAAUAUCAUUAUUCACUCAGACUUCCAUAAGAGUAAAGAAAAAUGAAUAUGCAGUGGCUGACAUUGUUUUUAAGUCACUGGUACUAUGGACAACUCCAUAGUGAAUGGAGUUACUUGUAGAGUUUGCCCUGCACACUAAGAGUUUAAAAUGUGAGCUCAUUAUUAAUCAUAGUUUCAAAAAUUAUCAAAUAAAACCAGUGAAGAUUUGAAGAUGCAAACAUUUCAGCUAUGAAGAUUUACAUUUCACUUUCUAAUUUAUUAAACAUCUGUGUGCCCUUUUAUCUUUGGUUUCUUUUAAAAGUAUAUUUAAUGCCUUUACAAUACCUUUAAUUUAUUGGGAUCUCAGAAUCAUUGUUUACUAUCCCUUAUUUGACAAAAAGUCAAAUGUGUAUGUUCUACCUCCAAUGGAAAUGUUUACAAGGUCAAGACUUAAUUCAAUUCAGCCAAUACCAAAGUUGCUUGACUUUCAAUUCCUGUGCAUUAGUGUGAUGAUUUCUGUCACAUAGCAGCAUUCCGAUUCUAUGUAACUGAAUGGAGAUGAUAAGUGCUUUCCCCUCUUUAUUUAAAAAAGAUUAAAAGGAAUAAAAGAAAUAAUGUAUGGAAAUA